GGCAUUUGAUAUUAUUCAAUAUGGCAGCCCCCAUGCGUUAUGCAACUGCUCGAUACGCUCAUGUUUUAGGGCGAUCUUUCCCUCAGAAUGCCAUCAAAUUGACUGAAAAUGGCUUCAACAAUGCCAGAUACUUUUCACAACAGAAAUUUUUUACUUUUAAUGCAAAUAAUAGACGCAAUAUUGUGAAAUCUCUGAGUGCAGUUUCGGGACUGAUAUGUGGGGCUUACAUCGGCCAGCGCUGGAUGAGCACGCCAGAGUCUGGGCAGACUUGGGGACUGCUAUCGCCCAUCGCCAAGCAGCGGGGGCAGGUGUGGGAUGGAGAGAAAUGCACCGAUGAACCUCAACUAUUAAAUCGCGUACCCCGUGCUUUGUCCGCUGAAGAUGCCGCAAAACUUAACUUAACUCUCUACCAAUAUCAAGUUUGUCCAUUUUGCUGUAAAGUGCGAGCAUAUCUGGAUUAUUUUGGUGUGCCUUACACGAUUGUGGAGGUCAAUCCUGUGUCCAGGAAAGAGAUCAAAUUUUCGGAAUAUAGAAAAGUUCCUAUCUUGGUACAGCGCUCUCCGGGAAAAGAAGACAUGCAACUGAAUGACUCGUCUGUUAUCAUUAGCAUUCUAACAUCAUUCAUGGUGACCAAUGAGAAGGAUCUGGGCCGACUGAUGUCUUAUUAUCCUAAGAUGACCUACACCAAUGAGAAGGGCAAAGAGGUGUCAGAAUUCACCAACAGAUUCAACAUUAUGCUGCUUGAAACACCAGGACUCUCAAAAGCAGAGAAGGUUGAGAUGAAGUGGAGAAAGUGGGUGGAUAAUGUUCUGGUGCAUAACCUUCCACCAAAUAUCUACCGGUCUCCCUCAGAAGCUCUCCAAGCUUUCUCCUACAUCUCCAGCCUUGGGAACUUUAAUUCGGUGGAGAAGGUCAUCAUGAAGUAUGUUGGUGCUGCUGGCAUGUACUUUAUUGCAAUGAAACUCAAGAGAAAGUAUAACAUCAAGCCUGAUGCUCGUGAGUCUCUCUACGACGCAGCCAAUGAAUGGAUGGACGUGGUCGGCAAGAAGGCUUUCCUGGGAGGGGAAAAACCCAACCUUGCUGACUUGUCAGUGUAUGGUGUGCUGAGUUCCAUUGAGGGACUAGAUGCUUUCCAUGACAUGUGUCGAAUGACCAAGAUUGGCCCAUGGUACCAACGGACAAAGAAAUCUGUUCAGUCUCAUGCUGGAGCUCAAUGACCCCGCCCCAAUUUACAUAUAUAUCAUUCUCAUAUGUGCUCUCAUAAUCCAGGUUACUAAUGAGUUCAAAUAUAUGCAAAUUAUUCCUACUUCC